GAACGCUGAAACUCAUCCUGCAAGUAAAGGGAGGAGCAACAGACUGUUUAUUAGCCUGCAUGUGGAUCUUAACUUCAGAUCAGCCUGGGGCUGCCAAAGGAAUCAGUCAUGGGUGUUCUGCUGCCAAUACUGCUCACCUUGCUCGCGGCUCUGAUGGGAGGGCUGUAUCUCCUCGGGGUCUUUCGACAGCGGCGACCAGGAGAACCUCCUCUUGACAAAGGGCUCAUUCCAUGGCUGGGUCAUGUUCUCGAAUUUCGCAGGGACACUCUUAAGUUCCUAGAGAGGAUGAAGCAGCAGCACGGUGAUGUAUUCACAGUGCAGCUGGGAGGCUUUUAUUUUACAUUCCUUCAGGACCCUCUAUCGUUUGGGGCUUUUGUGAAAGAGAGUCGAGAAAAACUGGACUUUACCAAGUUUGCCAGACACCUGGUGCGCAGAGUGUUUGGUUACGUCGCUAUCGACGGUGAUCACCAACUCCUCCAGACAUUCAGCAACAAGCAUCUUAAAGGGGAUGGCCUGGAGAUAAUGACACAAGCCAUGACAACUAAUUUACAGAACCUGAUGUUGCACAACAUUGAUUCACCUGCAGACCAAAGACCCUGGGUUGAAGAUGGACUGUUUAUGUACAGCUACAACAUUGUUUUUAGAGCCGGCUAUUUGUCCCUCUACGGCAAUGUAUCACACAAGUCAGAAGGAGGUGAGGAGAAAGCCAAAAAGAGAGACAGAGCUGAAUCAGAUGCCUUAUUUUCCGAGUUUCGUAAAUAUGACCAACUUUUUCCCAACCUUGCUUAUGGAGUCCUGCCACCGAGGCAGAAGAUGGAAGCAGAACGGUUGAAGUCACUCUUCUGGGACUCUCUGGCAGUGCAGAAGGUGAAGACCAGGGACAACAUCGGUGGCUGGGUGUGGGACGUGCAACAGGCCUUAGGUGAGAAUGGUGUGGAGGAGUCAAUGGUAGACAGGUACAUGUUUGUGCUUCUUUGGGCCUCUCAGGGUAAUACAGGACCUUCUUCUUUCUGGCUGCUCCUCUUCCUCAUGAAACACCCAGAGGCCAUGACAGCAGUGAGGAAAGAGGUAGAUAAAGUCCUGAAGGAAUCUGGCCAGGAAGUCCAGCAUGAUGGCCCUUUAAUCAACCUGACCCGUCAAAUGCUGAUGAAAACCCCAAUCUUGGACAGCGCUGUAGAAGAGACCCUCCGACUCACCGCUGCACCCCUCCUCACCCGGGCAGUGCUUCAGGAUCUGACCCUCAAGAUGGCUGAUGGCCGCGAAUACCUGAUUCGCAAGGGCGACAGAAUGUCAGUUUUUCCCUACAGUGCUGUUCAUCUCGACUCCGAGAUCCAUCCUGAUCCUCAUUCAUUCAAAUAUGACCGCUUCCUGAAUCCAGAUGGGAGCAAGAGAACAGAUUUUUACAAAGGAGGGAAAAGGGUGAAGUAUUACAGCAUGCCCUGGGGUGCUGGAGUCUCCAUGUGUCCUGGGCGCUUCUUUGCCACCAAUGAGUUGAAGCAGUUUGUUUUCCUCAUGUUAGUCUAUUUUGAGUUUGAGCUGAAGAAUCCUGAGGAGGAGAUUCCUGAAAUUGACUUCAAGCGAUACGGCUUUGGAACGAUGCAGCCCGUCAGAGAUGUUCAGUUUCGAUACAGACUCAAAUAUUAGACCCAUCAGAUGAAACACUGUCAGAUUUUGAUCCUCUCUGGAAGCAUUUGUUCCACUUUCACAUUUCUUGGAAACAUGACAUUGCAUACUUAAGCUCUUUUUUCACAGCAGUUAAGUGAUGAGUGCUUCAAAACAUCAUACAAAUGUGUUGGAAUAUACAGUAGCUAAAUUAUUAAUCAUACACUACCUACUAUAUAUUCAGAUGCACUUCUAUUUUCUCUUACUUGAACAAUUUAUAUACACUGCUAUCUUUCAUCUGCUUGGUAAUCUUAGAUCUCAGAGCACUGUGAUCCAGUUAAUAAUAAUUUUAGUAGUCUUUGUAGAAAUAAAUACAAUUUAAAGGUGAAUAUUGUGCAUAUUUUGGGUGCUUCUUCAACUGCUUCUUUUCUAGCAGGAUAAUUUGCAACAAGUGUAGUAGUAGUCUGAUUGUGUUAUGCUCAUCAGUUCCAUUCGGUAUUUGCAAAAUUAAUUAGACAAUCAGAAAGUGGAAUCAAAAGUUGUACAUUUUUCAUUUUGUAAUUAAAAUUUAGGAUUUUUUUCUGUUUAUAUUGAUUGGUUUUGGAGUAGGUGCAAAACUGCGAUGGAUUGAAAAUAUAAUUCCACUCCUCACUGCAGGUAUAAUGUAACUAAUGUAACUGCCAAAGAAAGGCCUUGGCUGAAACUGUCGUGUUAUCUGGGGCAGUCUGCACGUGUUAUGUACAGCAAUCCAGCUGGUAUCUCUCUGUGGAUGUGUGGCAACCUCUCUGCUCCUCUGACCUGCUUGACCUGUUGUGUUUUCUCCUCCCGUUUCAUGACCCAGCUAGCAGACGGGAGUCAGUCAUAGAGAGGAAUUUCAUCUACCCUCUGAGCUGGGAAAACCUUUUCAUCUCUCCCUCUCCCAGCUCCCACAUGGUUCCUUGAUUUUGCUGUGAUUUGCUUAGUUAUUUAACUCAACAACACAUACCUUCAUGCAUGUUUCUCCACUCAGCCAUCCACUUAGCUCUGGCUGCUUUGACAUUUACACACCUAAUUGAUAUGUUUCUUUGAUUGAAUAAAUGGUAUAAUUUCUUGACCUUCUCA